AUGUUCUACAAGCAAGGUAAUUUACUCUCCAUACAGCAGCCCCUGAGCACAGCCCAGGAAUACAAGCCCCUGAGUAUUCUGAGCACAGCCCAGGAAUACAAGCCCCUGAGUAUUCUGAGCACAGCCCAGGAAUACAAGCCCCUGAGUAUUCUGAGCACAGCCCAGGAAUACAAGCCCCUGAGUAUUCUGAGCACAGGACAGGAAUACAAGCCCCUGAGUAUUCUGAGCACAGGACAGGAAUACAAGCCCCUGAGUAUUCUGAGCACAGCCCAGGAAUACAAGCCCCUGAGUAUUCUGAGCACAGCCCAGGAAUACAAGCCCCUGAGUAUUCUGAGCACAGGACAGGAAUCCAAGCCCCUGAGUAUUCUGAGCACAGGACAGGAAUCCAAGCCCCUGAGAAUACAAGCCCCUGAGUAUUCUGAGCACAGCCCAGGAAUCCAAGCCCCUGAGUAUUCUGAGCACAGCCCAGGAAUACAAGCCCCUGAGUAUUCUGAGCACAGGACAGGAAUGCAAGCCCCUGAUAACGACACUGCAGUCCAAAACAGAUCAUUCCAGGUGCUGAAGUAUGAGGCUGGCUUUCUGGUCUGCGUUGCCAUCGGGAUCCUCUUCAUCCUGCUCAUGCCUCUGAUUGGCUUCUUCUUCUGCUGCUGCCGUUGCUGUGGCAACUGUGGUGGGAGGAUGUAUCAAAAACAGUCCAAGAAGACAAGCUGCAAGAGGAGAGGCCUGUAUUGGUCCCUGAUGCUGAUCACCAUUGUCAUACUAGCGGGGAAUAUCUGUAUGUUCAUUAGCAACGACAAGUUUACAAAAGCCAUCAACAACAGCCCUGAACUGCUUAACGACACACUGGACAACAUGAAGACUUUCCUGAGCGAGAUACCCCAGAUAUUGGCCCCUUGCUUGGGGGGGGAGAUCCUGCAGGCCCUGGGGGGCCCCGUGUACAGCUUGCUGGACUCACUCCUCCUCAUCAGUCAAGAGGUUACCUCCAUUGGAGAGGUGCUGAUGAACGUGAACUCCACAACAGAGUCCUUGAAGCAAAAACAGCAAGAGAUUGUGACAAACCUGACAGCCAUUUGGAAACGCAUAGAGCAAACACUGAAGAAUCCGGAUUGUACAGACUGUGAUCUAGUGGUGGGAAGUUUACACAAACCAGCUUUCCAUGUGGAUUUCAGUGGGAUGCCUGACUUGAGUGCCCCGAUGGAUGCCAUCAGCAAAGUGAAGGAUGCUAACCUGAGUGCCAUAGUAAAUGAGGCUAACAAGACCUUGAACGGCAUUCCCGAAAGAGUGAGCAAUGAGACUAGAGGGGUGGUGGCAGACAUGAAUAAACAACUCAUGGCUAUUGAGGAAGAAAUUGGGCAAAUUGCCCAAAACAUUCCUUUGGACCAACUCACGGAAGUGAAUAAGCAGCUGGACAGUGUAAUGGACGACCUGCACAUGUAUCUUCCAGAGGUUUCUCAGGCAGAUGAAUACAGAUGGAUUACAGGGCUCAUCCUGAGCUGCCUGGUCCUGCUGGUGGUUGUGUGUAACAGUCUGGGGCUCCUCUUGGGGCCCAUUGGGCUCAGACCCAGCACUGACCCCACCAAGCGAUCAUGCACUGCAGACUGCGGGUGCGUCUUCUUCAUGGCGGGGGUUGGCUUCAGCUUUCUUUACUCCUGGCUGCUCAUGCUGUUGGUUCUCCUGAUGUUCCUGCUGGGAGGGAAUGUCUACACGCUGGUCUGCAAGCCCUGGAGCAAUCAGCAGCUUUUAAAGUUCUUCAACACUCCAGAUGUGAUCCCGGGGUUCAACCUGUCUGACAUGCUCGGGGUGAACACCCAUUUGGAAAUCGCUCAGAUUUACAGUGACUGUAAGAACAAUGACCCUAUAUGGAGCACCCUGCAUCUGGAAGACUUGGUUAAUCUGGAUGAGCUUUUAAAUAUCAGUAAAUACACAGGAGACAUCCAAGCAGCCUUCAACAAGACCAGCAUCCAUCCUCCUGAGAUCAGCUUGCUGAACAGUGACUUGCUCAGCCUGCUGCAGGACUUCGCCUCCUCCGGAAUUCAUGGGAUCAACUUCACUGCCAUCGAGCAGCAGGCAAACCAGAAUUUGAGCAGUCCGGACAUAGACUCCUUUGCAGAUAGUUUGGAUAAACUUGCAAAGAAUCAGCAAAAUCAAGUUAUAAAGGGAGAACUCAUGGCAGAGGCAGCAGACCUGAGAAAUCUCAGCAGACGUAUUCCAGAGGAACUCCAGCCACAAGUGGAAACCCUGAAAAACAGUAUCAAACCUCUGAAGUUCUCCACUUCCCAGAUUCCAAUCACUAUAAAUAACACUCUUGUAAAGGUGGAGGAAGCACAGAAGGUCAUAAACAACACUUCAGAAAUUAUCAAAGAGGAAAGUCAAUCAUUCCUGAAUUGUCAGAUAGGAUAUCUUGAGACGUACGUUGGCUGGGCAAAUCAAACAAUCACACAGAAGGUCGCUCGCUGCAAGCCUGCUGCUAACGCCAUCGACGCCAUGGAGAUCAUCGCCUGUGUUUACAUCGUAGAUUCCCUGAACGCUUUCUGGUUCAGCAUGGGGUGGUGUCUGAUAUUCCUGCUUCCCAGCAUCAUCCUGUCUGUGAAACUGGCCAGAUUCUACAGGAGGAUGAAAUAUAUGGACGUGUAUGAGUGAGUGAGAGAUGCCUUCUCCCAGACCUCUCCUAUAAUGCAUAUGUGUGCGCAAGACAAAAAAUAAUAAUUGAGUUUUAGUGAUGCAAAAACUGUAAAUUUGUGAUUUAUCAAAUAUAGUAUGUAGCGGUUUUCUGAAAAAUCUAACGUUCCACGUCCUCGUGUGUUGCUCCAACUGUUUGAAUGACGUGCUUGUAAUUUUCCUUUUCAUUGUUAACACUUGCAACUUUAAAGUCUGUUUUGAAGCUCUUUUCAAAA